CUUCCUCAGCCUUUUGGCACAUUGCAUCCCUUUGCGCUUUAUACUCCUUGCUGUAUUUCUUAGAAUCUUAGUUGUAAUUCAUCAUGCUUGGUGUAGACAAUCAUAUCGUGAGUAGCCACAGCAUCAACAAACUCGCUAAAACUCUUGAAGAUGUAGAUAUAAACGAGAAGGAAGACAGAAGCAACGAAAAGAACAACGAGACUCGCGGACCGGUGAAGCCAGUUUACAAAUCUCCUUCAAAAUUUGACAACGAGGAUGAACCGCUCCUACGUGAAAAUCCGCGAAGAUUUGUCCUUCUUCCUAUCCAGUAUAAAGAUAUUUGGGAAAUGUACAAAAAGGCUGAAGCAUCCAUCUGGGUAGCGGAAGAAGUUGAUCUCUCCAAAGACAAAGAUGACUGGGCUAACCUUUCGGAUGAUGAAAGGUAUUUUAUUUCCCAUGUUCUUGCCUUCUUUGCUGCCAGUGACGGCAUUGUAAAUGAAAACCUGGUUGAGUGUUUUAGUCAGGAAGUGCAAGUUCCUGAGGCAAGAUGCUUCUAUGGCUUCCAAAUUGCAAUUGAGAAUAUUCACUCUGAGAUGUACAGUCUGUUGAUUGACACCUACAUUGAGGACCCUGAUGAAAAGGAAAAUCUUUUCAAUGCUAUUGAGACAAUGCCUUGCGUCAAAAGAAAAGCUCAGUGGGCUUUGAACUGGAUCAAUCCUGAGAGAGCUUCUUAUGGUGAGAGGGUAGUUGCCUUUGCUGCUGUAGAAGGAAUCUUUUUUUCUGGUUCUUUUGCUGCCAUUUUCUGGCUAAAAAAGAGGGGCAAGAUGCCUGGACUUACAUUCUCAAAUGAGCUCAUCAGUCGUGAUGAGGGUCUUCACUGUGAUUUUGCUUGUUUGAUGUUCUCCUACCUAAAAAACAAGCCCUCACAAGAAACCAUUAUUGGAAUUAUCAAGGAUGCUGUUGAAAUUGAACAAGAAUUUCUAACAGAGGCCCUUCCAGUGAGACUCAUUGGCAUGAACCACUCCCUUAUGAAGCAGUACAUUGAAUUUGUUGCUGACAGACUUUUGGUGGCUCUACAUUGCCCUAAGGUUUUUAAUGCAAAAAAUCCAUUCGACUUCAUGGAAAACAUUUCUUUGGAAGGAAAAACCAACUUCUUUGAGAAAAGAGUUGCAGAAUAUCAGCGUGCAGGAGUUAUGAAGAAAAAGUCUGAGGAUUCCCACAAAUUCACCACAGAUGAGGAAUUUUAGACCAUUUUUGAGAGCUGCAGGAAGGAAAAAUUUUUUUUAACAUUUAGAACAUGAACUAUUUUAAAAUUACAUGUACAUUCUUGCAUAAAACUGUAAAUAUCACCUACAUCUGGAAAGGUUUUGCAAAUUAUUUUUUGUAAUUAGCAACUUAUUAGUUCAAAGUCUUUUGUGUACAAAGUUUAAACCUUUUCACUCAGACUGUUGAGUCUAGCUUUUCCUCUUUUGAGAUUUUGUAUGUAUUUUU